AUGACGUCUUCUGUGCUUGCGGUCAAGAAAACGGGAUCGGGAUUCUCCGGCGUAUCGUCGGGCCCCCUUCCUCUCCGCAUGCUGUCUGUCUUGGUGUUAAUGGUGACUGUGUCCCUUAACGUCCCGUCCUCUGUGGCUUUGGAAACGCGACAGAGGUUUUCUUCGCCUAUCGGAAUCGUCAAUAACGUGAAUGUAGCCUCCCCAAACAACUUUGAGUCGCCUAUCAUAGUGCAAGAAGAGAACCAGUCCUGGAAUGUGGCAGAGCCACAUAUUGCUACCAUCAACGCACACCGCGUAGAUACCCACUCGCAAAAAACCGAAAGCAAGACUGUGCCUGCAUGGGAUUACGCGCGCCAUGGUGCUGACUGGACCUCGGGUAUGUGCAAAAUCGGCUCCAUGCAGUCUCCAGUGGAUCUACACGUGGAUGGUCUGGUGAGCCGUAGACCAGAAAAUCUCAAGCAAGUGUUCGAGUCUGUGCUUAAAGGAGACACUACAGUGAAUACUCUGAGUGAUGGUUGGAAGCGCGGAGAUAUCGUCUAUUCGUAUCGUCAUCUCAUAUCGUCCGUACAGGUGAUGCGCACCGACAAAGUAUUCCGACUGUCGAUUCCGGCUAACGAAGGAUCUACGUUCGGCGCACUAUUCACUACCGACAGACCUAACUUGUACAUGGCAACCCACAUCGAGUUUCACUCGCCCAGUGAGCACACCUUCGAAGGUUCUGCCAACAGGCGCCAGGUGGAGGUGCAGAUCUGGCAUUACUACGGUGACGACUCGGGCGCUGAUUCAGGAAUCAGAAGCCUGGAGUUAAACGAGCAUACCGACAUGAACGUGCUGGUGAGCACGCAUGACGCCGAUAUGAUUAACCGUGUUAACAAAGUUGGCGCUCAAAGGAUGGAUGCCGAAAGUAAGUUGUCGUCUAAAAAGGCUGAAGAAUCUCAUAAAUCGGAGGAGCCCGCCGCUAAGAAUGAUAAAUCUAAUGAGGUGGAUGAUAGUAAAUCUAAGAGUGAUGAGGGUGAUAAAACAUCCUCCCAUGAUCAGGCCGACAAGACCCCACACGUCGAUCAUUUCGCCGAUAGCCACCAAAAUGACAAGCCAGUUGCGGAUGAUGUUACCAAGGAUGUUCAUAGUGAGACUUAUGUACAGCCUUCGACGUCAGACAAACCGGGAGAGCAUGGAACCGCAGAGGUUUCAUCUGCGAGCGACAAAUCGACGCCGCCCGUCGUAAACGAAUCGCAGUCUGAGGGUGCUGAUACGAAAAAAGAAGAAAAAUCGCCUUAUGUGAUUGUUGACAUCGACGGGAACAAGAUCGGGCAAAACAAACCGUCAGGCAGUGCUUCCGCAACCAAUAAUACCCGCGGUCAUUCAGAAGAUGUCAAAUCGGCGACAAAAUCCGUUGCCGUAGCUGAAAAGCAUGAGGAACACAAGGACAGCGAUCCCGACGACUAUGAGGAUAUAGAUGACGAGGAAGACGAUGAAGUGGAUGAUGGAGAGGACAUAAAGGAUGCCAACUUCGUAAACGACGAAGCCGGUGCCAGCUUUAUCGAGGUUCUGAGCGAUGUCGAGAUGGCAGAUGGACAUCACGUCAUAAACCCGAACUUCGCAAAUACCAAGCCACACGAUGCGGUGGUACAUUCAGUGCGCAACGGCAGUUACAGGGGCAACCUUCACCAAGAGCAAAACAAUACUCCCCUGGCAAUUAGUGACAAAGCUGAAAACAUUUCGGAUAUGCAUGCUCAAUCUACGGGUGAAAAGCUUACUGAUAAACAUGCCGAUGCCGCAAAACCUGCUGAUUCAGCUGAUGGAAAAAAGAAAAACGAUGGAACCGGACACGAGUCACAUCCCUUGAAAUCGGAACACUCGAAGGUAUACUCAGACAUGGUGGAAAGCGAGCAGUUCGAGCUGUUGCACAAGUACCUGCUCGAUCACCUGCACAAGGCCGCGUACGACAAGGAAGGUGACCGCCGCCACGUGUCGGAGAAACGCCGUGCGCGAGAGACCGGGGUUCACUGGGGUCGCUGGGCAGUGCUUUCCAUGACUUUCAUGAGUGAGGAGAUGGAGAGGACCCGUAUCGAAACCUUGAAAUCUUUUCCCUCCGAAAGGUUCAUGGAACAGGUGCUGAGCGUAGGGUCCGAGGUUGAUGUGUCUGCUGAUCCAAAUUCUUCAGGUGUAGGUGACCUUGGUGCCGAUAAUGGGUCGGAGCUUCCGGUAGUCGAACUCGACGUGCCAAUCAACCUUUCCUCUCUUCUGAUGAUGUUGGAAACGAAAAAUUUGAACUACUUCGCGUACGACGGUUCGUUCACCCGUCCGGGAUGUGAGGAGACUGUGCGUUGGUAUGUGGCGAAGGAGUCGCUUCCAGUGUCAACUGAGUUGAUGCUGCAGAUACAUCGCAUGUUAAACCAGACGCGCGACCAAACCGCGCACUCCGCCCCUAUCAACAAGUACAGGGAACUACAGAACGUCAAUUCCAACCUGCAUAACUCCGGAAAGGUUCACCUUGUUCACGCAUACCCAAUGGAGUAUUUCAUCGCUGCAUCACUGGAUCACGCACGACAAACGCCAGUUCACCAUGAAUCAGGAUUCUACACUUGUUCAUUCGGCUUAUGGGCAAUAAUCGCUGCAGUUACACUUAUGUAUUUGUAA